CCAUUAAAUUUCUGCUUCUGCAUUAUUGUUUGAAAACAGUUUGGUUUAAAAAUGGGAAAAUUGGUUGCUCAGACUGAGAUCAAGUCUGAUGGAGAUGUGUUCCAUGAGAUUUUUAGGCACAGACCACAUCACAUAAAAAAUAUGAGUCCCGGAAACAUUCAGGGUUGUGAUAUACAUGAAGGUGAAUGGGGAACUGUGGGCUCUGUCAUCUUCUGGAACUACACCCAUGACGGAAAAGAGAAGGUUGCAAAAGAGAUAAUUGAAGCCAUUGACGAAGAAAAAAAGUCGGUGACAUUCAAGGUAAUUGAAGGGGAUCUCACGAAGUUGUACAAAACCUUCAUUAUAACUGUUCAUGUUGAUACAAAGGGUCAAAAUAAUUUGGUGACAUGGACUUUGGAGUUUGAGAAGUUGAAUGAGGGUGUGGAAGACCCAAAUACUUUGAUGGACUUCUGUCUCGCUGUCACCAAAGACAUUGAAGCCCACCAUCUCAAGUAAUAGAUAUAAAGAUGAUAUAUGUGGGUUAUUGGUGAGAUAUAACAAGUUCUUGUGUGAUAUAAGAACGUGUGGAAGUGUGAAGGUUGCUAUUUCUACUAUGAAUAAGAUGUAUCUGUCAAGGACAUAUGUGCUUGCUGAAGGUUGUGUUUUUUUUUUUUUUU